GCACCUACCCGAAACAUAUAUAGAAACGGCCCGCCCCCGUGCCAGAUACACGCUACUCCAAAAACCUGCAACUGAUUUGGAAAACUGGUGGCCAACGCACGAGCGGCGGCGAGCCCAAUCUCCAUGCUUAUUCCGACGUCACAGCAACCGCCGGAGCCGCCGAUCAUGGGGUCCUCGCCGACGUCGUACAAGAAGGCCACGGCGGCGCUGGACGAGGCGGCGAGGGCGCGGCUGCGCGGCCCGUUCUUCUGCGGCACCACGCCGUCCGCCUCCGGGCAGGAGGACGUCGACGACGACGACGGCCUGGUGGAGCUGGUGCACGAGUUCUACAACGGGUACGGCGAGGACGCCGUCGCCAAGGAAGCCGUGCCGCCGCGGCCCGCUAGUACCACGUGGGCCGACGCGCUGCGGACGGCGCUGGCAGAUGCGACGGCCGACGCGGCAGCGGCGCGGAUCCGCGCCGAGGCGGAGCGCGCCGUCGUCGGUGCGGGGCCGAACGUCGCUGGCGGUGAAGGGGUCAGGAAGCACGUCGCCGAGCGGCUCCGUGCCAGAGGGUUCGAUGCCGGUGUCUGCAGAUCGUCGUGGGAAAGAAGCAGCAGCGUGCCGGCGGGCAGCUACGAGUACGUGGACGUGGUGAUCACAGCGGGCGCGUCGGCGUCUCGGUACAUCGUCGAGGUCAACAUCGCCGCCGAGUUCGAGACGGCGAGGCCCAGCGCCGAGUACCAGGAGCUCCUCCUCGCCCUGCCCACGGUGCUCGUGGCGAGGCCGGAGACGUUCAAGGAGGUGGCCGCGGCAAUGUGCGCGGCGGCGGCCGAGUCCAUCCGGGGCGCGGGCAUGCACGUGCCGCCGUGGAGGCGCGCGCGGUACGUGCAGGCCAAGUGGUCCGGCAAGUACAAGCGAGCGGCGGCCGUGGCCGCGCCGUCGGGGUCGCCAUGGGAAGCAGGGGCGAGCAGCACUGCAGCGGCCGAAGCUCGCCCGCGCCGCGGCGUGCCGGCGUCCGGCGGCCCGAAGCAUUGCGGGAUGGAGAUGGGCCGCAGGGAGAUGGCGUUCGGGAGCACGGGGCGGCUGAUGUUCAGAGGGUUGUGACACGCUGCUGCUGCAUGCGUUGAUGACGUGUCCGAUGCUAUACGAUCGGAUGAGACGACUGUCUGUUUUUUUUGGCCUCUUUGGCUUGCCGGCUGUGGGAAUUUAUUUGUUUUUGUACGUAUCUUAUUAUUUUCUUGUGGAUGGCUUGUAGGCUGUAGGGUUCUUGCUGGUCAGGGGUUGCGUGGAAGUGUAUGUUUUGGGAGGUUUAUCUGACCAAUGAAAAAUAAUUAAUUGUAAGGCACAUGUUCCAUCGAAA